GCUCGAUGGUAGUGACAGUUGUUGAUGGUGCACCAUGGCGGCGGCUUCCAGUCCGGUAGACCGAGAUCAGGCGGUUAAAGCCUCCGCGUCCGGAGCCUCGGUGUUCGACCUGUCCGAUCCUCCCGUUAUAGAGGGGUUCAGUCCUCUCCACCGGCCUAAAGAAGAGGGCUUCAGAGAUAAAUUCAUCCGCAAAACUAAAGAGAACCCGUUUGUACCUAUCGGUUGUCUGGGCACGGCUGGAGCGCUCAUCUACGGACUCCGUGCCUUCAAACAGGGCAAGACGCGCCAGUCCCAGCUGCUCAUGCGCACCCGCAUCUUUGCCCAGGGAUUCACCGUCGUGGCCAUUAUAGUGGGCGUAGCUGCUGCAGCACUGAAGCCCAAACAGUGAGAUGGAGGAAGAGUGAAUCGAGUUACAGCCCUGUUACUCGUGCCUGACAUGAGAGAUCGCUACAGACGGAUUAAAUAGUGGAAUAGUUUUGCUUGUCAUCACUUUAAGCCUUAUGUUCUUAUGUUAUAUUGUAAUGGAGUGGUCGGAGGAACCCUAGAGGUUUAAAUAAGUGUUUCAUUUAAUGAGACGCGCUAUGGAAAGGAUACACAGUAUCCGAGAGGCACUGUGUGAAUUUACUCUCUAUUAAAAGAUUUGUUUUCUCUAUAA